AUGGAGCGCAUACUAAGACACACGGUGCAGGGAAUCUCCCUAGACACGAGCAGUCUUUCCAAAUUGGCAGAUGCCCUCACUACAAGCAAAGACGCGCGUCGAGCCUCGUCUCAAGUGGCCGAGGAGGCUGACAGCCCUUCUAUAGACGACGAAGCUUGUACGCUUGAUCCAGUUGGGGACACCACCACUCACUUCUCCGGCGAAUUCUCGUACUGGAAUUUCUCCAUGCGGAUUAAGCAUCAAAUAGAACAGCAAACGAGACGAUCCGUUGCUCAUCAUAUACACAAUGCUGAUCAACGGGUCUUUGAAUAUUGGCGAGCGCAGCAUCUACGAUCCAGCCAGAGCUAUCUAUCAACAGCCAUCUCCUGCUGUCCACCCCCGCAGAUAGCCCGGUUUUUAGCUAAUGUCUUCUUCAAAUACGCCGAAACACAUUACUUUUUUAUCAGAAAGAGCUGGCUCCUUGAGAAUCUGAACGCGCUUUACAAUGACCCUAGUGGUUUCAGCAGGAAGGGUGCGGCUGUAAUAAGCAUCAUUCUCACUGUGUUCGCAAUUGGAACACAGUACGCCUAUCUUGACUCACCAGGUAACAGUACGGGCAGCGAAGGCAUCCAGGAUUUCUCGGAGGAUGACAUUGGUAAUACCUUCUACCAGAAUGCCGUCCGGUUACUACCAGAAAUUAUCGAACUGUCUAGUCUAGAGAGUGUCCAGGCAUGUUUACUCUUCGGGUUUUACUCACUGCCAAUCGAUGCGUCUGGCCUCGGUUACAUUUACGUUAACCUUGCAGUCCGGCUUGCGAUGCAGAACGGCAUGCAUCGAAAGUGUAAAAGCGAAGCGUUCAACUCAGGCAUGAUUGAAACCCGGAACCGCGUUUGGUGGACUGCUUAUUCGCUUGAGAGAUCUGACCUCGUCUUGGCAGAAAAAUAUCCAUCUUCCACGGCCGACCUCUUUCGGUACUUAGGUCAGAUGUCGAUACAGAACUACCACAGUAUCGCGAAGAAAGGCAACCCGAAGAUUUUCCGUGCACUGUUGCACGCAGCGUGGCAUCCAUCCAACUUAUUCACUUCCUCGAAGACUUCUUCCAUGAGCUGUAAGUGUCAAAGACAUCUAAUCAAUGAAAAUCUGGGCGAUGACACUGUCAAAUGGUGUAGAUCCCUUCUGCGCAAUUGUGGAAAAGGAACUGUACCUAGCAUUCUAUCUCGCUUAAGGGAUAAGAAGAACGCCAUGCAAAGUUGGUGGGAUUCGCUCCCUGCAGACAUGCUCGGUGAGAUAGCCCCGAAACAAACGCAAGACCGUGCGGCAAUGCAUCUGCGUCUGGAGUAUUGUUUGGUCAAUAUGUUUAUUGGACGGCCUUUCCUUCUCCGAGAUCAUACUUCACAAUCCCACCACGGGUCUCCCAGUGAGCCCCAAUCAACCAACCCAAGCCAUGACUAUAGUGAGGGUACUGAAGGGGAAAGUCCGAAGCAAACAUCCAGUACGCAGGGCCUCAUCGCCGGCUGCAUCCAAGCGGCAAAGGAGGCAAUUGGAGUUUGUCAAUUACUGCGAGACAACCGACCAGGUCUAGCCCGAGCAUCCUAUAUCGAGUACAGCUCAUGCCGUGCUUCAUUAUUAGUAUUAAUUGCCUACUCCAUCCAGACUCGAUCAGAAGAGUUACGCCAACCACUAUUGGACGGCUUGAAUAUGAUCCGCGAGAUGUCUGCUACUGGGGACUCGGCUCGAUCCGAGGUCGCCUUGAUUGAGGCACUCGAAUGUGCGCUUGCUCGUUUACAUUCCGAAAAACAGACUACCAUACCAGCCCAAAUCCCGUCGGAACCAGAAUCGUCAAUAUCGGACUAUGAUGCGUUCAAGCAGUGGGGCUCAUUGUGGAAGAGUGUUGGAAACCUGGACAUACUGGAGAACGUCCCUGUCCCUUCAUUCGCUCCCCCUGCCGCAUCACCUUUCCCUGUCCUUCCACUUGGCCAUCUUGAAUCUAACCAAAUCAGCUAUUUGGGAGAUACCAUCGGCCUCGGUGCGUCGUCCGGUACAUCCAGCGGAGAUAGACGGAUGGAUCCCCUCAAUACCUGGGAUCCGGUGAACGAGUUGUCCAUUUGCGGCACCGGGAAUUCGUCGCUUGCAUCCGCAUGGCCAACGCAAACUGAAACACACUUGCUGGAGCAAUUCCUCGCCGCGCCAGAGUCUAGUUCAAUGCCUCAAGUUGGAAUUGGUAGCCAAAGUGGCUUCGAACAAAUCUUCAACCCUCGUGGGUCUCAAGACAACCGGGCCUCUCAACUGUAA